AAAUGGUAUUCCUGAAAAGGUAAAUUUGAUUUUAUUAUUUUUUUUUUUUUUUACAGAUGUUUCAUUUUGUUGCAGUAAAUAAAAGACACAAAAAAGGAAAAGAAAAUAUGUAAUAUAUAUGGACCAUUGAGUUUAUUUGAAAUAUCUUUCAAAUUUGUAUUUCUCAUUCAUUCAUUGUAUAUACAACUUGGUGAUUUUAAAAUGCAUGCAACUUGUAUGCAUGCUUUUUUUCUACUGAACGCAUAUGGAAUAUGAUUAGAAGACAAAUGCUAACAUCCUAAAAGAAAGUACUGAUACUCUCGAAAUGCUUAAAAGGGUUCUUUUUUAACACUUGAAAUUCAUUGACAUCUUUCUCAAGUAGUACACUAGUAGUUACUGUAGUUGAUGUGCAAAAGUCCUAUCUUCUAUCAUCUCUAUUUAUAGACCAUCCCAAUUGAGGAUAAUUGCUACCUUAUCAUUGAAGGACGACAAAGGUUUAUUUGAUGACAUACAUUUAAAAUAACCCCCCCCCCCCAGAUUUUGACAUCGCUGUCCAAUUAUCGCAGAUCACGAGAUUCAUUACGCACUUCAAACACCGAAUAGUGGUGACCUGAUGAAUUCAAAAUGCUAAUUACUUUCGCUUUUUAAAAUUCACAUGACUAGGACGCUUUUUCGAGAAAACUUUUUCACACAAAAUAUAUAUAAUGUGUGUAAGGAAAUCCUCCGUUGUUAAUGAACGAAUCAAUACUCUAUUUCGUGUACCGCAGUAGCGAAACGGGGAUGUCACAAUUUGUGAUAAUGGCAUGGAAAUAAUCCCUCGCUGCAAACCGUUCUUUGAAGAAAGAUCAAGAGUAUGUGCAAAUAAGUUUAUUAUCGUGCUCACUAAUAUAGCAAGUAACAUCUACACUCAUACACACGCAUGCACACAACAACACGCAUACACACAAAAAUAUAACAAAACAAAAAAAUAUUAAUUUACAGACGAUUACACGUGUACCCGACUAAAGCUAAAUGUUACAUUAUGUUGCCUUAUGUAAGAAAACCAGCAGACUUGUCUCUCGAAUUCGAAAUAUGUUACACAGGAUGGCGAAACAAAAUACGUUGACUAAAGAGUUACCACACUUUACACAACAGUCGUUGGGUGUCUUCAGACACGUGGUGACACUUUGUCCAUCACUCGCUCAACGUUUCUGUAGCCGUGAACGUAUUUCCUGUAUUUCUAUAGGUCGUUCUCCAACGCUGUUCAAAUAUCUCAGAACGCCAUGUUAUACAUGUUGCGAGCACCUGCUCGAGCCAUACAAUAACACACACAGCUGGUCACCGCUGUCGAAAUGCUCAAAAUUGUGUUCUCACUUUCCACACAGGAACAUCAUUCGAACACCCGUACUAAAUGUACAUACAACGCAGGCCCAGUAAACCACACAGGUAAAACUCUCGACCACACAGGUCUAUCAUUUUCACACAUUGGGCGGACACACCUUCCCACUUCCACGGCCUGGUCAGAACUAACACGUAGCAUUUACAAACCGGUCUGACAGCCGUGACCAACUAUCCGUAACGACUAUAUGAUGAGAACAAACUAUGGAACGCCAUAACAAGCAUAAUAAAACAAACUCAAAUUGUGACGGGGGGGGGUGUACUUAGGUCACCCUUCUGUUCGCCUGUAAUACAUUGGUCUCCAGAUACCAUUUGGCCUUUGCAAAUAAAUUCAGUAGAAAACCCUCGAUAACUUAUGGAAGACUUUUAUUACUGUUGAUGUCAAAAGGCCAAAAGUCAAGGUUAUCCAGGAAAAUAUUCCUUGAUUCUAUGUUUGAAAUCUAACAAUAGAAAUUAACAGGAAACGACUAACGAUCCCUGUAGUUUUUCCUUUUAUAGUGGGCGACAUUGACUUCGGUAACUUGAGAAAAUGCCCCCUAUAUCUGGACUAGUAUUGUGAUGAUAAAAGAGUCAAACGCAAAGAAGACUCCAAAUAAUGGAACAAUCCAACCACCCUUCCUAUUGGACUGAACCAAUACCCAAAGAGUACAUAAAGAGCUGUAAUGGCCAGCAGAGAGAACAGCAGGACAGUAAGGAAGAAGAACUAAUCAAGGAUGGUUUGACCCUUGAUGCAGUAGAAUGCCGAAUCACAGAUUUCCCCAGACUUCGGUAUCACAAUAAGCUGAUGAAAGGGUUAGGGGAUAGGUUUACAGAAUUAUUCCAGGGAGACGUUCAACAUGUAAGAUUCAAAGAUUUUGUCCAUUGGAAACAAACAAACGAAAACCCUACCAUCUAUCUGGCCGGACAAGAUCUUGACAGAAAAUGUUCCUUGGUUUCAAAAUACAAACGUCAUCGAGUAAACAUAGGCACAAAAGAUCGACAGCACAGUUCGACGACCUUUUCCAAGUUCAAGGGCUGUUCCCCGUCAUGCGUCCUUUACAGCUGCGACGAUAAAGAGACAAAAUAUAAAACAAUCAAGUCAAUCAAAAAGUUGUGUGAAGAUGUGGCCGACUCCGAUUUGACCAUUGUUGGACCAUGUGUGAUUGUCGUUUUGACAAACGAGAAGCACGCAAUUUCAUUGGACGAUUUUAUAGAUAUCGGUAGAGCAAGAAGUGAUGUCAAAAUCGUAACACUCUUUGGCGACACCGAUUUGCUGGAGUACUUAACAUCAGCUUUUGAAGUCACAAUGGUCGAAUACAUAAACGUUCUUCAAAUUACGUUGAUGUCUUUGGAAUGCCUGCCAUUAUUACAUGUAAAUAAGCUUGGCUCAUUGAAGACAGAAUCAGAGGCUGUGUUGAACAGGUUUCGGUUAGCUUCGAAGCUACCUAAAAAGAAAGAGAUUUCCAUCUCCAUGUCUAUACCUUCUGAAGUUCAAGAUGUGUUGGAUAGCAAUGCCGACAAAAUCUAUGGUUACGGAUUUCGCCAAAAGGAGUUUUACAUCUUGAUGAAUGACGAUCUUUCAGAUAAACAUGCUUGCACUUUGCAAGUAGAUAUCUUAAAAUCAAAAGAAAUGGCGAAAUUCUCUUGGAAUAUUAAAUUUGAAAAAUCGAGAGGGAUCAGCAUUGCAAAACACAUUGGACCAGGGAGCCAGAUAAUACCUAAUCAAAAUAAACCACAAGAAUAUGGAACUCUUGGAGGCUUUGCUCACAUUAACUCUAAAGAUGUCGUUGGGCUUACAAAUUUUCAUGUCAUUGGCAAGGAUAUUGUUGCUUACAUAAAAGAUGAUGACAAUUUUGUUGAGCUAGGUCAGUGCACGUUUGUUCUUUUUCCUGGACCGAAGUCUCUAGCUGACUUUGCUCUCAUUGAAGUUGAUAACAGCAUGGUAGACAGAUGCAGGAAACCACUCGUUGAUGACGAAAAUGAACCAAAAAAUGCAACAAUGGGAACACCAGAUCACAUUAUUCCAGCUAUCGUUCACAAGAAAGGUGCGACCACGGGCAUAACACAAGGAGUAGUCGUAGAUGUCAUGUAUUAUAGAGAAGUUCUCGGAAAUCGAGAAACUCGGAGUGCCUAUUUGGUAAAAGACACGGCGGAGAAACCAUUUAGCGCUCCAGGAGAUAGUGGUUCCCUUGUCUUUCAAAACAGCCUGAGUGCAACUCAGUCCGAAAUUGAGGUCAUUGCUAUGGUGAAUGGAAGAUACGAAGAGCACGACGAGGUUGAAGAAUCGCGUCACGUAGUCUGCUCUAAUAUGAAAUUUGUACACGAAAAAUUACAAGGAGUCGGUAAAUACCUACAGUUCUUCGAAAAAGAAGGGCCGAUAUAACUGUGAGUUAGGUCCGGUCAAUCUUAAUUUCUAGAAACCUACUAACAGAAUCUUUAAUUUUAUUUAUAUUCGGAUACCAGAAGGAAGUACACUAGCAAAAACGAUUGGCUACACUUGAUUUCCUAUACAAGAAUCGAUGCGUUCUUUACUCAUUUCGAUUCAAGGAUUUAAAGUUUGAUAUACUAACAGAAUCACCACGAACCAUUGUGCUAUAAUUUAUUUUGAUACGCAAAUCCAUUGAAUUAUUGUGGACAAUAAUUGAUUCACGCGCGCAUCAACUGAAUUAUUGCGCGCAAUAAUUGAUUUGAUGCGUGCAUCAAUUGAAUUAUUGCGGGCAAUAAUUAAAUCGUUCUGUUCAUGCGCAUAUGGCGUGUAAAACUUUGCAAUAUUAUACAAAUCUCGAUUUACAUGCGUAUAUCUUAUUUAUAUUCGAUAAUCUUUAUAUUUAUAUGCAAACAUUUUGAUUUAUAUUCAAUAAUCUUGAUAUCUAUUGAUUUAUAUGUGAUGAAUCUUGGUUUACAUGCGAUAAAUAUCGAUUUAUAUUCGAUAAUCUUGUUAUUUAUAUUAGAUAAAUCUUGAUUUAUAUUUGAUAAUCUUGGGAUUUGUAUGCGAAAAUUGUGAUUUACAUGAGAUAAAUCUUCAUUUAUAUGCUAUGAAUCUUUAAUCAUAUUCAAUAAAUCUUUAUUCAUAUUC